GGCAACUGUUUUUGUUUGUAACGUAAUCACUGGUGGUGGUGGAAACACACAGAUACACAUAGAUACGCAAAUUGUCAAUGUAUGUAUUGAAUUCUCGAGCAUUGCCAGUUUCACCACAUCCACAUGUUAAUCAUAUUAAUAUUCAAUAAAUAUAACCUCAGCUAUUCAACUAAAUUUAAAUAGUCAUCAGAUAAAUAAAAUAAAAGUAUAAAACAACAAUAACAAUAAUAAAGAGACAAAUUAAAAAAAACAACACCAUGCAAUCUGAUUCAUCUGAUGUUAGUAGUGAUGAUUCCAGUUCAGGAUAUGAAGAUGUCCAAAGUAAACAUGUUAACAUUGUUGACACUGUCAAGACUCAUGAUGAUGAUGAUGAUGAUGAUGAAGAGGAAAAAGAUGAACUUGUUAAAAAAAUUGAAGAAUCACAAAUUUUAAAACGUGAUCAUCCACCAGAUAUUGAGCUUGAUGAACCAGCAGCCAAAGUAUGUUUUCAUCCAAAUAAAAAUAUAAUAUUAUUUGGUACCAUGGAGGGAAAUAUUAUAAGCUACAAUUAUAACAAUGAGUCAAAUGAACUAUUAUCAACAAUGGAAAUGCAUGAAGAUAGUUGUCGUGAUUUACAAAUAUCUGAUGAUGGACAAACAUUUUAUUCAACAUCAACAGACAUGUCAACGCAAAUUGUUAUUGUUGAUUUUGAAACUGAAAAAUGGAAACGUUUUUAUGAAAAUGCUCACGAUUGUCCAAUUUAUACAACAACAAUUGUUGAUGAAAAUCUUUUUGCAACUGGUGAUGAUGAUGGUUGUGUUAAACUUUGGGACAUUAGAGAAAAUACAACAACACCAAUAUUCUCAGUUGAAGUUACAAAAAAUUCAGUAAAUUCAAUGCUAACAAAUGAUGAUAAAGAGUGGCUUGUUUGUGCAAGCAACUCAAAUGUAUUAACAACAUUGAGCUUGAACACAAGACAACUUAUUGACUCUGAAGAAUGUGGCAAGGAUGGCCUACUAACAUCUCUUGGAAUAUUUAAAAAUGGCACAAAAUUAGUAACUACAAAUAAUUUAGGUGGAAUGUAUAUUUUUCAGUGGGGUAAAUUUGGUGCACAUGUUGAUUAUUUUGUAAAUAAAAAUAAAUCACCAAUAAAUUGUAUUGUACCAAUAACUGAUGAUACAUUUAUUGCUGGUGAAAAUGAUGGUGUUCUCAGGGCAUAUGGAAUUGGUCCAAACAGAUGUCGUGGAGUUGUUGGACAAGUUCAUGGUAGAAAAAAUACAAUUGAAUCACUUGAUCAUUCUGGUGAUGGUGGUCUUAUUGCUUGUUCAUCAUCAAAUGAAAAUUAUGUACAAUUUUGGAAUAUAAAUUAUUUUGAAGAUUUAAGUGAUGAUGAUAAUAAUAGCAGUAAUAAAAAUACUGCAAGAAAAAAAAAGAGAGGAAAAAAACGUAGACAACCAGAAAAAUAUUUGAAAAGCAGUAAAAUACAAAAUCGAUCAGCAUUUUUUCAAGAUUUGAAUGAAUAAUCUU